GACACACAGCGCGGCGCGCGGGGCAGUGCCAGUCGCGACGUCGCCCGCGCCGGAGCUCUGUAUCGGCCCGUGUUGCUCUCCUCGCCGGUCGACCGGUCCGCGCCCUGCGAUUUUGUAAUCAUCCACGAGUGCCAGUGAUAACUCCGAUAUCAAUUCGCCAAUCGCGAGCGACGCGAUCUGCUACGUGUAAGAUAACGUCGCGCCGGUCACUAGUGAUCGGCACGAUCGCGCCGACGAACCCUCUAUCGAUUCUUAAAGUGUAUUUCCGCGGGGUAGUGUCCCCAUACCCCGUCCCGGUGUGAAUUGAGUGAGACGCCAUGCGACCCAAGGAGGAGGUGGACGCGAAAGUCCAGAAAGGGACUUUCAUCCUGUCCGAGAAGAUAGAUGACACGAAGGGGAAGAAGAACGAGAAGGAUAUGAAGAAGGAGAUGAAGAGGCUGGAGAAGGAGAAGGCGGAGCGCGAGAAGCGCGAGCGCAAGGCGCGCGACAAGGAGCGCGAGCGCGACAAGCACGCCAAGAAAGGCAAGGUGGUGUGCGGCGCGUGCGGCGGCAAGUGCAGCGGCGAGGUGCUGCGCGUGUCCGACAAGUACUUCCACACGGCGUGCUUCACCUGCCGGGCGUGCAGCGCCUCGCUCGCCAAGGGAGGGUUCUUCUGCAAGGACGGACACUACUACUGCCCACAGGACUACCAGCGGUCGUUCGGCACGCGGUGCGCGGCGUGCGGGCAGUACGUGGAGGGCGAGGUGGUGUCGGCGCUCGGGAACACCUACCACCAGAAGUGCUUCACCUGCGCGCGCUGCAAACGCGCGUUCCCGUCGGGCGAGAAGGUGACGUACACGGGCGCGGAGGUGGUGUGCUCGCAGUGCGUGGCGGCGCCGCAGCGGCACACGGCGCGGGCCGCGCGCGAGCCGCGCCUCGAGCCGCGCGCGCCCAGCCGCGAGGCCCGCGACCACGCCGACCACAACGACCACGCCGCCCACGCUGACCCCGCCGGCCGCGCCGACCACAACGACCACAACGACCGCGCGCCGCGCGCCCACGACCAGAACGGUAACCACACACCCGGGGAGUGUGCGGGAUGCGGUCAAGAGUUAUCAGAAGGGCAGGCUUUGGUCGCCUUAGACAGACAAUGGCACACGUGGUGCUUCUCGUGCGGCGAGUGCGGCGGCGUGCUGCAGGGCGAGUACAUGGGCCGCGGCGGCGUGCCGUACUGCGAGCGCGACUACCAGCGCCUCUACGGCGUGCGCUGCGCCUACUGCCAGCGGUACAUCUCCGGGAAGGUGCUGCAGGCGGGCGAGAACCACCACUUCCACCCGACGUGCGCGCGCUGCAGCAAGUGCGGCGACCCCUUCGGCGACGGCGAGGAGAUGUUCCUGCAGGGCGCCGCCAUCUGGCACCCGCGCUGCGGGCCCGCGCCGCACGACCACGGCGACGUCGCCACGCUGGACCGCGCCUGCUCCGAGCUGCAGUUCUCGCUGCGCUCGCGCACGCCCAGCGUCAACGGCUCCUACUGCAGCCCCUACAGUAGCUUGACCAGGAAGUACGGGUCCCGCGGCGUGUCCCCGGGGCUGGCGCUGCGCUCGUACGGCUCGGGCUCGGGGCUGGCGUCGCCCGCGCGCAUCACCACCUACAGCUACCUCACGUCCGAGCCCAACUACCUGCGGCGCCCGCUGCAGCCCGCGCCGCCCGCCAGCCCGCACUUCCACCGCCCGCCCUCGUCGGCCAGCACCCGCGCCAGCUCCCGCGCCGGCAGCAAGGCGUCGUCGCGGCCCGGCAUGCGCGUGCUGGUGGACUCCAUCCGCUGCGAGACGCCGCGGCCCAAGUCGCCGCACAUGAACAACGAGGAGCCCAUCGAGCUGUCCCACUACCCGGCGGCCUACAAGCCCCCGCCCGGCACGCAGCCCAAGAUCGAGCGCGACGACUUCCCCGCGCCGCCGUACCCCUACACCGACCCCGAGCGGCGGCGCCGCUGGUCGGACACGUACAAGGGCGUAGCGGACAGCGACGAGGAGGACGGCAAGGUGAACGGCGCCGUCAACGGGGGUGAGCAGCUGCGGCGCGAGGAGCAGGAGCUGGCCAAGAUCGACACGGGCAUCGCGCAGGUGUUCUUGAAGGAGGUGAAGGAGCGCGAGAAGCUGCAGCAGUGGAAGCGGCAGAACCUCGACCCCAGGAACGCGAGCCGCACCCCGAGCGCGGCCCGCGAGGCGGCCCCGCGCCUGCGCUACUCGUCCCCCGUGGGCGCGUCCCCCUCGCGCAGCCUGGACCACCGCGCCCUCCACGACGCCUCCUGCGCGCACACCGCCAGCCACGGACACAUCCCCUCCUACAACGUGGUGUCGUCGCUGCGCGCGCCGCCGCGGCCCGGCUACGGGCUGGCCGCCCGCAGCCACACCUUCUCCUCCAGCACCGCCGGGGACUUCACGUUCAGCGCGCUCGGGGACAAGACGCACAGCACCGACUUCAGCAGCGGCAAGUCUGACAUAUCUGCCGGCUCCAUCACCGACGUGGACAGGAGUGCUGUGACGACGGACGGCGGCGGGGCGGGCGCGGCGGGCGGGGCGGGCAUGUGCCGCGGCGGCGGGCGGCGCUCGCUGCCCAACAUGGCCACGUCGCUGCUGCUGCACGAGCCCGCCAAGCUGUACCCCUACCACCUGCUGCUCAUCACCAACUACCGCCUGCCGCCCGACGUCGACCGCCUCAACCUCGAGCGGCACCUGUCGGACGCGGAGUUCGAGGCGAUCCUGCAGAUCGGGCGGCAGGACUUCUACCGCCUGCCGCAGUGGCGCCGCAACGAGCUCAAGCGCCGCGCGAGGCUCUUCUAACCGCCGCCCGAUGAUCCCCGUGCCGCAUAAUCCGAUCACCACAUUAUUUAUUACGACUUGUUGUUAUUUUAUUUUUAUAUUUUAACUUUAAUGUAUCGUAAGUUCGCGCGUGCUGCUGCCGACCCCGGCCCGGCGGCGGCGCACAGACCCCGCCCGGCGCCUCACUUUUAAACCUUAUUGGACCGCGAUAAGGUGUACAAGCGGGCCGCCGCCGCCGGGCCGCGGCGGGCGCUGCGAUGUUACGCCGCACCACGGUCCCCCGUGUCCGUGGCGCGUGGUGUACACGCGUGGUGUACACGCGUGGUGUACACGCGCGUGGUGUACACGCGUGUAUCGUGUAUAUUGUAUAGAGUGCGAGUUCAUAGAACUGGGCGCCGCCGCAGCCGCCGCCUCGUUACCUAGUAACGCCGAGCUGUUAAUAUAUUGAUGCCUUGUUUUAUAGAAUGACUAAUAUAUAUGAGAGUUGUGUGCGCGAGUGUAUUUGAUUUACUUUAGUGAGAACCAAAUAUAUUGUAAUUUGUAAGAGACCUAUAUUGCGGUAGCUGUAAGUCGGGACAUACAAAUGUACUACGUAGGUUAAGUAUAGCUUUCGUCGGUAGCGGGCGUGUGCAGGCCGCGUCGUGACGUCACGCCUCCCACAUGGUCCACCGUUACAGUCUAUACCACAUGGUAUCCCGGGCCCGCGUCGCGGCAGCUCCUUCUACUAUUGGCAGUUAGCUAAUGAACGUUCCGUGCUCGAGCCGCUUCGGGCGACGCGUUGUUUUUAAUGUUAUUUUAGCGAGAUGUUAGUGUCGCGUGCUGUGAGCGAGUGCAGCUUCUAGUGCUGUAAGUAUCGUGUAAGGUAGGUAGCUUACUAUCAAAUGGAAUGCCUAAUUCGUUACCAGGUCACCGUGUCGCGUGUCCGCGACACCGCCGCCGUGCUGUCUUCACUCCCUUACUAUCCCCGCAGCCCGCCAGCAGGGGGACUCGCCUGUUCCUACUGCUGCCGUGCUCUUGGACUCCGCCUGCUGUCUUCACAGCUUUAGCAACUUCAAAAGCCUCUAACCUUUUAGAAAUUAGUACCUUCGAAGUACAUGAGCACUUUAUAAUAUCGACUCCAGAAUGUAUGUGAAAAUAUUCUUUACGUGUUAAUUUAUAUUGUUUUAACAUCACACAAAUUUUUAUUAUGAUUUAUGUGAUUGAUUUAGCUGGUUGUACACAUUGUCUCGGUGUAGUGUAGUAUGUAAUCACGUGGUGCCGACCUAGAUGCGCUAAGACACGUCACAAGCUCGUUGCUCGGCCGCUGUGGCCGGCAUCGGCAUAUAUAUUAUAUAUAUAUAUUCAAAUGUAUAUACGAUUUAUUUUAGCAAUGUAAAGCUUAUGAUGAACAGGCUUUAUAAUAAAAUGCACUAAGUAUAUCUCUGGCGAGCUCCUCAUAAUGUUUACUAGAACAGACGCCCGCGAACUUUGUGAGUGUAUUUUAUUAUUCGCCUGCGGCUAUUUACGACUUACUAUAAUUCACGUACUCCUGCGCGAGUACUAAUAUUUGGAUUUUCAAAAAUAUUGUACUGUCAUGGUUGCGACGUGACACAAUGAGAGCAAUUUAUCAGUGAUUUUAAACAAGAAGACUAUGCUUUUGAGUAAUAAUAAUGCAUUUCCAAUCA